AUGGCUGCCGCUCUGGGAAUGCCAAGUCAUUCUGAACAAACCAAAAUGAUGUCUUCUUCAGAUUAUCCAGACUGGCUUACAGCAGAACAUAGAACUGGAGUAAGUAAAUUUUUUAUGAUUCUACUUUUUUGUGUGUUUUUUUUUUUCAAUAUAAUUUCAUUUGACGUCGUGUUUUAGACAACAAUCAUGGCUGUUGAAUUCGAUGGCGGCGUGGUGAUAGGAGCUGAUUCACGUACAACUACUGGGUGAGCUGUUUUUCCUAAAUUUCCCUAUUUAAUUUCAUAUGUAAGCAUUUGCAUGUAAUGUAACACAAGAUCGGAAUAAAUUUAACAUUCAAGCGAACUUUUGUUUACAUGGGCAUGAAAGUGGCAAUGUAAGUUGUAUUCACCAGCACAUGAUCGACAUCAAACUCUAAAUCUUGAAUUUCCCCAGAACUGAUUAUUUUACAUAAGGUCUCAUUCUCUAACCUACUUCUAAACGAACAAAGGGCAGUUUUUCUUCUUCUUGGUUGCUACCUCUCAGAUGCAACAAACCCUUCUUCCUCUUGAAAUAGCACCUAAUUAGAAAACUUGACAAGAUUUAUUAGUAGUGAGUAAACGCAACAGGACGUCAGGAAGAAGAGGACAGCAAAACGCUUGUGCAUGACAAACGUGAUGGACCUGUUACUUGCGUGUUUUGUUGUGAUCUUCACUUAACAGUAAUGUUUUCUAGUCUUUUACAAAAAGAUCUGUUUUAAGCAAAGUGAAAGUUUGGUGAAAAUUAGUUCAAACAAAAUUAUUGUCACGCUUGUCACACAAGGUUGUCUUCUCUGCUCUCCAGCUGUCCCGUUGCAUAAGUAUGAUAUGUCAGAGACGGUAACAGGUUGUUUUGCAUUACGGAACGGCGCCUGUAGAUCCGUGUCGCCCGCAAAAUCGCGGGUCCCAUGACUAUUUGCGCGCUCACAAAGGAAGCCGACGCAUGUCGCGUCCUUUGAUUCAAGACUCAAGUGUUAGGGUAUUGUUUCCAUGAUACAAAGGUAAUUUAACUUAAGAAAAUCUAUAGAUCGAAGCUUUCACACUACUCUCUGUUUUAUAAGGAAAUGCAAACGCUCAACUUGAUAAAUAUUUUGACUUCAUAAGAUAUUUUAACGAUUUAGGCCAGCAGAAUGUAUAGCAUUCCAGAAAAACAAUUCAGGAAGCCGAACGGUUUGGAACUGCGCUACACGUUGUUUUUAUCAGUAUGCAAAUCACCUACCCAAUCACAUACUUUCCAUUGAACUGAAAUAUCCUGACUUUUUUUUACCACUUUUCAAUUUGAUUCAUUUCAUUUUAUAUUAUUUUGUGCAAGCUGAGCUCUUUCAUACGAAUUUACGCUUUCAAAAGGAAAAACAUUGAGGAAACGUUGUGUUUACGACCACGGCAAUUUGUAUCUAUUUCGCUUCACUUACGCUUAUAUGCAAAUUACUGUUCAUCCGCCGGAUUUCGCUGGAGACAAAAAUAUCAAUUUUGAAUUCCCAAAUGCUUGCCUUUUGGGGCACCCUUUUUAUUUUGGCUAUCAAGAUUUUAAAAGCUAAGCUUCAGACUUUUCAUUCCAACGUUUUAAUGUGGGAAAGUUAGGAGAAAUGCUGCAGCUGAUUUAAGUCACGCAACACGCUUUAAGACCGCAUAACUUGAUGUUUCUGUUAUCUUUUGUUCUUCUGUGGUCUAAUAGGACACCCAUUUUGAUUGACAGAAUUGACAGAAAAAUUUGCAUUUACUAGCGACGCGUUUCUACAGGCGCGAUUCCGUAAUGGCCUGAAAGUCAAUUGACCCGAUUUUAUUUGCCCGCACAUAAGUCCAUUUGCCCGAUGUUUAAACGUACAGGUGUAGGUCUUUGAGCCUGAUUAGAGGAAUAAACGUGAAAAUACAGUGACUUCACAUGUGGAUCAACAAGCAUUAAUUUUUCCAGUGAAAAUUUCACAUAAAACAUAUCAAAGAUCGACAUAGUGAUCAUUGCACUCACUAAGGUACAUGUAGACUUCAUGGGCAUGUACAUGUAACAUUAAGUGUUUUCUUUCUUUUAAUUUUACAGGGCUUACAUUGCAAACCGAGUGACAGACAAGUUAACCCCAAUCACAGACAGAGUUUUCUGCUGCCGUUCUGGAUCUGCUGCUGCCACACAAGCUAUAGCUGAUGUGGUUAAAUAUCAUUUGAACUUCUUAAGGUGGGUAAUUGAUAUUAAUGGUAGGAUUACUGUACAGCCCAACUUUAUUGUGCAUGCACAAACAAACCUAUUGCAUCUGAGUCAGCACUGCAGUAUGUUUCCACCUGAGCUCUGAAGACCUACACAUUAGGAGCAGGCCAAUUUGUUGAGUUAAUGUUAACCCGUGAAAGGAAUGAACAUGGAAUAAAGAUGGUGUUAACUGCAGAAAAUACAAAUGUAGUAUUUUUUUUUUGACACUGCUCCUUUUUUUCCGCUAAAAAUUAAUGUCUUCUUCCAAAGCUGUUGUGAAACGUGCCACCAUAUUGACCCCUAUCCCAUAACAGUGAGUGUCCAACUCUGUCGCUAGUGAAAACCAGCCUUAACCCUUUAAACUCUAAGAUCAAACUUUGAAUUCUCAUUUGUUGCCCCUAUUCAGUUCCUACAAAAGUAGUGGAGAGAAGUUGAUAAAAUAUCAAGCAAACUCAUCCGAUUAUGUCUGUAAUUCUGAUGACCACUCUGUUUUACAAAGCAUUGAUAUUACAAGGAUAAAUUUCAUGCUGGUCACUCUUUGGGCUUAAAGGGUUAAGGGGAGGGGAGGGGUGCUUAUUAACUUUCUUUCCCUGAAAGCAGGGCUAUCAAAAAGUUUUUAAGUAGCAGGCUGAUAAUUAAUAGUAGGUGGCUUUGGAACUCACACUAAAGGCACAAGUUUCUUAGGGCUGAGGCAUCUAGGGACAUUUUGAAAUUUAGAGUCUCAAAAAUCGUCUUUACAGGGGUUCUCAAGGGGUAUUUUCCACUUCAGACGCCAUGUUGUUUCGUCAGAUACACGUAAGACUGGGAACAAUCAGCCCAUAAAAUGUCCUGGACGUUCCUCAACAUUCACACAGUACAAACGUUUCACAGAUCUAAACCUCUUUAAAUAUGCGUUUAAUGUCAUUCAAAACUGGGAAACAGAUGCUUUACAAUUUUAUUCGAUGGUGCUUAGUUUUUGUUAGCAGUUAUGUUAGAAUGAGAUGAAAGCAGCCGGCUAAUGAUGGCUCACUAGCCGGGGAAAGGGAGGCUUAUUUGAGAGAAGGGGAUCGAUAGAGGAUUUACGGUAUUCCAAGAGCAAUAAGAUUCAGAAACAAAUGGUUGUAAUUUGUGCUCAUUGAUGCUUCUUAUUAUACAAUUUUUUGUAGUAUUGAGAUGGGAGAACAGGCUCUUGUAAAGACUGUUGCAAAUGUGUUCCGUGAGAUUUGUUAUGCGAACCGUGACCAAAUGACAGCAGGUAUUAUCUGUGCGGGAUGGGACAAGAGACGAGGAGGACAAGUAAUAUGACUUGAAAAUCUCUUUAAUUUAUUCUCUAUUGGAUUUGUCAUAUUUUUGCAACUUAUAGAAACACUGGACAUUCUCCCACAUUCAGUUGUUGAAAGCUGUUCAUGUACAUGAUUGUAUCAAAAGAAAAAAAAAUUAUUGUACAUUAGGACUUCAACCCGAUCAAAGUGUGUAAUUCAUUAGAUAUGCAGAAAUUAUUCUACAUAUGCACAGAUACAGCUUUAAGAGCCGACGUUACUGUAUGAUAGCAACAAAAUGCAGACCUCUGAAGAAGGUAUCGGGUUUUCAAUAAAAAGAACAAAUCAAUCAAACCAGUUUUGAAGUUGCAAAGUGAGGUGAUGUUAAAGCAGUGACUUUUGAUUGAAAUUAACAAUUAUUUUGUUCCUUACUACUUUGAAUUGCACUUUGUAGCAAAAUCCAAAACUAUUAAAUAAAACAUAAUUUUUCUAUCUAUGAGCUGUGGAUCUUUGUGUCAGAGAAGGAUUUCUGUAUGGCUCAAUCUGUCUUAUAUUUUGUAUUACAGUGUAGGCUGAGAAAACUAUGUGUCAACAAAUUUCAACAAUCGAUAUAAUUAAUAUCUAGAUUUCCCAAUUGAAUGCACCCGUAAUCCCUUGAUGGAAGGGAUACAUGUACUUCUCAGGGCAAAAUGAAAAGAAAAAUAUUGAUUGCCCUUCACCCAAGCUGUUGCCGAAGUUUACUUGCACCAAGCAGGCAUACCAACCCUCCUUCUCACCUACAGUAACAUUAAAUGUAUCUCUCCCGGUAAAUGUUGCUUACCUGUCAGACAACCUCUAAAUAUUAAAGAGAUGCUUGUCCAACUGGUUGCUCCACUAGCGCUGUCGCUCCAUGGUUAAUUUACAUUAUUGUAACUUCAUUUGAAAAACAAACUUCUCAAAAAUAAACAUGUAACAAAGGAGGCCUUUUUUUCACAAGUGUUUUUGUGAUAUUACCUUGUACUUUAUUUCUGGUACAUGUAAAUGUGCCUUCAUACUUGUGCAAUUUUAUCUGCAGGUUUUCUCAAUUCCUCUUGGUGGAAUGUGUGUGAGACAGCCAUUUGCUAUAGGAGGUGAGGAUGCUACCAAAUUCAGAUGGAAAAGCACAUUUUGAACAAUAUUUUUUGAAGGGUCAUUUACCUACAUGGGCAUGACUUUUAAUAAUGAUGAUUAAUAAUAAUUGUUAGUAAAAUAAUGGUUAAUACAAAGCCCUCACUAACUCAGUGGUUUCACAAUUUGUUGGUCACAUUGGAAGUUGCAUUUUCAUGUAAAUGUACCAAUGUACGUAUAGGUAUUCAAAUUAAGCCUGUACAGCUAGUGAGAUUGUUUUGCGCAUGAUACUCUCUCGGGGCAGCGACACAACUGCCAUGCAAAGUGAGCGGCAAAACUGCAUGGAAGAUCAAAUUGACUUGCCCCAAAUCUUCAUGUGUCUCCGCCACCAAUAGUUCAGCAGUAGUGGCUAUGUACUAACAGCCUUUGCGUGCAACUCCCACUAGCUACGGAGGUUAUACAAAAGAAAAUUUUAUUAUGUGGGCAAGAUCAUGCCCCUUUUGUUUAGUUGGAGGUUAAAUAUAUUUAUUAUGCUUAUUUGUGCUUUGUAGGUUCUGGAAGUACUUAUAUUUAUGGCCAUUGUGAUGCUACUUAUAAACCUGGCAUGACCAAGGAGCAAUGCUUCACAUUUGUCUCAAAUGGUUUGUUUGUUUUUUUUAUUUUUCUUAAUAAUAUUAAAUAGGAAAAAAGGAAAAUUAUACAGGCAUGAUAACUGUUACUUUGCUGAACCCCUCUCCCAUUAAAUAGUCCCUACCAGGGAAAGAUGCAGCUACACAGUUAGGGGAAAAGACAUGUGCAUUAUUUUGUACAUUUACAUGACUUGUAUUGUGCACAAAUAUUGGUGUGAUGUUUUUUUCCUAACUUCAAUUAUGUGUGUCCUGCGUUGCCCUGAUGCUUAAAAAUCCCCAAAGAUGCAAAAUAAUUUAUAGUGUGCGUUGUGUAGGAUGCAAAGAUCAAUCGAUCUGAACAUGUGUAUUAAUCUUGAAGAAAUGCCACGUUCAUGUAAUUUCUGUGGCAGUUAUUAUGGCUGUGUUUUAACAAUGCAUAUUGCUUUUAGCCUUUGUUUGAGAGAGAAUAAAUGUUUCUACAGGGACAGUAAAAAAUUAUUAGGGAAGGGACAGGGGGACCCUGGCUUCCUCCUUAAUUUUCUCAGCAAAACCCUUGAUAGACAAUAAUGUUGAGGUAAAGAGUUUGUUGGGCAAAAUUGUUCCGCUGUUGGUGACCCUUGGUUCGGUCUAAAAAUACUAAAAAGGGACUUCCCCAUUUUUGGGCUUGGGCUGGUGGGUAGGGGCAGUCCCCCAGACCCCUCCUCUAGUGUCACCACAGAUUAAAUCAUGGUCUGCAUGGUCAAGUACCAAGACACUUGUUCCUCUCCUACUGAAUACCCUUUGUAAAUAAACCUUUACUGUAUUCCUUUAAGCUGUGGCUCUUGCUAUGUCACGGGAUGGUUCUUCAGGUGGAAUUGUGCGUUUAGCUGCCAUAGACGAAUCCGGCAUUGAAAGGAGAGUUAUUCUGGGAAAUGAACUCCCAACAUUCUACAAGGGAUAAAAAGUUGCCAGUGAAUCGUUUUUUCUUUCUUUCUGUAUUUAAAGUCUUUUGAAAUUUAAUCACUGUAUGCUAUCUGUGUAACAGAAAUAAAGUUUCGUUCGAUGGCACU